GUCUCUCUCUCUUUCUCUCUCUGUCUUCCUUGCACACACCCAGUGUGUAAUGCGUCCGUUCUCAGCCAGGAAGGAGGAGCAGAGGAAGGCAGAACAGGACGUCUUCUGUCAAACAUCCACAUCUCCUCUUUCCCCACGAGGCAGAGUGGGUGGCGGCGGCCGCCUCUAAGGCUCCAUUCAUGACUGCAUGGCUGAUGGCCAUGUCCUAUCAGACUCUGCGUCACUCCGGCAUGUCCGUCCCCUGGCAGGGACAGAGCAGUUGGCCAACAGGUCACAACAACGACAUGCUGAGCAGAGCCAUGUGAUUUAAAAGUGGAUAAUAUUGCUGAGAGAGAGAGAGAAAGAGAUAACUGACUUUGAGCUGAAAUGGGAAAUGCCUCUGAAGUUGUAAUUGGAUUGUAUGUGUCCACAAUCUCCAAAGAAGGCGACUACAUACUGGCCUCCAUCUACACCAUCUUUGGUGUCAUGUCUCUGAUGGGGAACAGCACCCUGCUGUUUGUGGCCUACCGGAAGAAGUCCUCUCUGAAGCCUGCCGAGUUCUUUGUGGUCAGCCUGUCAUUCAGUGACAUGGGCAUGACAUUGACCCUCUUCCCUUUCGCCAUCCCUUCCGCUUUUAGCCACAGGUGGCUGUUUCCUGAGCCCAUGUGCAUGAUCUAUGCCUUCUGUGGUGUCUUCUUUGGCCUGUGCAGUCUGACCAACCUGACUGUCCUCUCGUGGGUGUGCUGGCUCAAAGUUUGCUGCCCUAACUAUGGCAGUAAGUUCUCUCCGCGCCAUGCUCGGAUGCUGGUGCUGGGCUCGUGGUGCUACGCACUGAUCUUCGCCGUGGGGCCUGCGUCCGGCUGGGGAGCGUACGGCCCCGAGCCCUACGGCACGGCCUGCUGCAUCAACUGGCACCUGCCGCGCACCGACCUGCUGGCCAUGAGCUACAUCAUCUCGCUCUUCCUCUUCUGCUACAUUGUGCCCUGCUCCAUCAUCUUCCUCUCGUACCUCUUCAUCCUGCUGGCGGUGCGCGGAGCCCGGCAGGCCGUGCAGCAGCACGUCUCGCCCCAGAACAAGAUCACCAACACCCAGACGCUCAUCGUCAAGCUCUCCGUGGCCGUGUGCAUUGGCUUCCUGACGGCGUGGACUCCCUACGCGCUGGUCUCCAUGUUGGCUGCGUUCAGCAGCACAGAUGUGGUCCCCCCCAUAGCAUUCGCGGUAGCAGCUAUCUUCGCCAAGUCCUCCACACUCUACAACCCAUUGGUCUACUUGAUCUUCAAGCCCAACUUCCGCAAACUGCUGUGUCGGGACGCUACGCUCUGUUGCCAUGUCAUGUGCCACUGUGAGUGUCCAGUCGUGCCUGAUUCGACGCAGAAGGACUCGUGCGAGGUCUCGCGGCGUCACCAGGGGCUCAAGGAGGACGGCAACUCCACGCGGCUGUCCAACGGGCUGCACGAGACGCACUCGGCCUGCAGGCACUGCCCUGAGGGCACCACGGGACGCUGCCUGAACGCGACGCCACUCAAGACCGCACGCAUCAUCGCCGACUCCGCCAACAGAGAGAUGGCCGUGAGUGAGCUCUCCAAUGACCACAGCGACUUCCUGUAGCUCUGGGGAGAAAGGGCUGAUGGGAUAUCAGAGGAGCUGUGACUUGGGGGGGGGGAACUAGUCAUUGAGGAUGCACUCUUAAAACGAAUAUGUUGAUAACAACACAACUUUGCAUUGUUUUUAAUACAUCUUUGUGUCCAGAUAGGGACAACACACUUUGUGAUGUUUCCUUUGUAUAUUUGUUACACAAUAUGUGUUGAAAAUAACACAACUUCGUUUUAAGAGUGUGUGGAGAAAAAGGAGGAGUUGGAGGAAAGAAAUAAUAGGCGAAAAGGAGUUGUGCCAAACUGGGAGGAGUCAGACAAAGAAGACUGAUCAUCAACUAUCAAGGAGCCUUUUCUGAGGAUCUGUUCAUUUGGCCUCAAAACAAACAAACAAAGACAAAAAAAGAAAUCCUGAACAGCCUCAAAAACACAGGUCUUAUACAGGUCAGACAAAUGCCUCAAAUAACAGAAACAUUACUUUUUUUUUGUUACUGCCAAAAGUAAAAACUUUUUUUGAACAAGUACACACAAUCAAAAUGUGAACUAUGACCGAAACUAUGACCUAUGAACUAUACUUGUGUACUUCUAGAAAGCAAGCAACUGGCUGGGCCAGACAUGCACGGUGUGUGUCAUCUGUAGGGGACACCACUGUUGUGGCUGUGGUGGGGGUAUUCUUAUGUAACACCAGGCUGCCAAGCUGUGGUGCCAUAAUCACAAAAACAAGGUCUUUCCUGUCAUCUUUCCUUCACCCUGUCCCCUCCCAUUUCCUGUGAUGUGUCACAGAGGACUCCUGGGACAAUUACCCUUUGUCCAGCAGAUCUCUCUUUCUCUUUCUCUCUCCCUCUCUCUUCUCUCUCCCUCUGUCUCUCCCCCACAGGGUCUGUCUGCAGCCUAUGCAUCAUCCCGUAACUCUCCGUGUGAGAGGGGAAAGGGAGAGCUAUCCGCAGUGAAUGGUAUAUUCAAAAACCAAACAAGCAGGUUCUUUUUUCCCUCUCACUCUGUUACUGUUCCCUUUUGAAAUGUUUAAUCAACCCUUUAACAAUGAGAAGAGCAUCAAACUAUUGAAAAGUAUACAGGAGGUUUAUAGAUCUGUGUAUAUAUCGAGCAAUACAUUUUGUUUACAUCUAAUCUUAGUAAUGACGAUGCAGAGGGAGAUUUCUUUUCUGUCCCGAAAAUGUCUACAAUGUAGCAGUUAUGCAGCUGUGUGGUGCAUUUCACAAACCACCCAGAGACAGGCUGAUCUCUCUCUCUCUCUCUCUGUCUCAUAUGAACCCUGCAAAACGCUGCUGUGACAUAUCCAAAUACUACAAAGAUAUAAUUCCUUCAGGACUUUGUACAGUUUAUUCUUUCUGGGUUUUUCCCGAGUCUCGGUGCAGGCAGAUCACAUAAGCUAACAGCAAACCCUGUAGAGCAGGACUGCACUG